CCCGACUGUGCUGCACACUCCCGCAGGGCAUCCUCCUCUUUUUUGGAGCGCGCGCACUGGAUUAUCUCCCGGUGGUUUGACACAGCUGCUGCUGGCUCUGAUCGGCACUUUUAUCAUGCGAGUUUUCACUUGAGAAAAUACUUUGUUGAGUGUUAUUUCGCCGGCAUAAAAUUGCUUAAGUUCACGCGCGACGUCAAUGCUAGAAUCAGCGAAGAUGAGCAAAAACGGAAUGUUGACAAAAAUCCACACGAGGAUAAGAUCUGACCCCUUCACAACCAAUUAUGACCUGGUCGGCAAAGAACUGGGCAGGGGAAAGUUUGCGGUGGUAAAAAAGUGCAUCGAGAAGGCAACGGGGAGGCAGUGCGCUGCCAAGUUCCUGCGAAAGCGACGGAAGGGCCAGGACUGCCGCAUGGAUAUCUUGAACGAGAUCGCCGUGCUGGAGUCAGCCAAGGCUAACCCCUACGUGGUGGCGCUGUAUGAGGUCUACGAAACCAACAACGAAAUCAUUCUCGUUCUGGAGUGCGCUGCCGGUGGGGAAAUCUUUGACCAAUGUGUUGCCGAUAACGACGACGCCUUCACGGAGAACGAUGUGAUCCGGCUGGCCAAGCAGAUCCUGAAUGGAGUGGCCUUCCUGCAUCGUAACAAUGUGGUGCAUCUGGAUCUGAAGCCCCAGAACAUCUUGCUGACCUGUGCCAGACCUCUGGGGGACAUUCGCAUCGUGGACUUUGGCUUGUCCAGAUGCAUGGACAAAAUCACAGAAGUCCGGGAGAUCCUGGGCACGCCCGAGUAUGUUGCACCAGAGAUCCUGAACUAUGAACCCAUUAGCACUGCGACAGACAUGUGGAGUAUCGGGGUCCUGACCUAUGUCAUGCUGACGGGCGAGUCUCCUUUUUUGGGUGAAGAAAAGCAGGAGACAUUCCUCAACAUCUCCCAAGUCAACGUCGAUUACUCGCAGGACACGUUUGAUGGGAUCUCGUCCCAAGCGGUUGACUUCAUCAAGUCCUUGUUAGUUAAAAACCCAAGGAAGAGAGCCACGGCAGAAGAAUGCCUCACCCACCCCUGGCUGAACUCGCUCCCCCUUCCCCACUCCCACCCCCACCCGCACAUCAGCACCAGGCCGGCCUCCUCCCUGGAUGAGCCGGAGACGAGCCAAUCAGAGUCGGAGCCCGAGAGCCCGAAUCCCUCUCCCGAGCUGGACUUGAUCGGGUCGUACCUCGUGUGCCCGGGUCAGGGUGGGCUCAAGGCGGGCCGUAACACCUUCUCCUUCAACGAUCCCCCCUUUCCAACGCGGCCUGAGAUAAAGCACGAGCUGAUCUGCUGAGCGUCGUUUUGCAGGUGGAGAGAGACUUGAGGGAAUUGAAACUCCGCGGGGCAGACGCUGAACGCCAGUGAGCCUGCAGCUUCUUGAUCCUGAUCUGACUCGGGGCCAUGCUAUAUGGACGCUGUAUGCCUGCUUGUACUGCUGUGAGCUGGGUUGUGUGUGUAGUUUAAUACCUCUGCAUGUGUUUUGAGUAAUACACGCUUCCCCGUGCUGAUUUAUGAUUGUACGGAAGGAAUGUGAGAGGAAUAAGGAUGCAGGAGCAAGGAGUGGGAAAAGACACGAGGAUUUUGUGUCAAGACUGCACUGCUGCCUUUUUAAAGUGACAGCUUAUCACUGUGGCUAUUUCACCCUGCACACACACUGGCUUCUCUUUUUACCCAAUUAGCCUUUUGAACUGGGUGUCCAAGGACAGGCAUCUUUGGGAAAUGACUUCACUCACUGUGUGCUCUCAUCAAAACAAGUUAUGCUUCAGCUGACCCAGACUGUGAUGAGUUUUGUUGAAGGAGGUAAAGGGUUUUGACAGAUGGUUGUACUUAACAAAGGAAUUAAAGGACACCAACGAUGAAGCCAGACUGUUCCACUGUUGUAUGUGUUUAUUUAUGUGUGUUCGUUGUUCCACUUCACCCCCUUGAACACAAAAAGCCACAUCAAUGCCUGAGUUUAGUUUUUUUUAAAGGACAAUCUGAAGCACUUUUUAUUUUGUUAUUAGAGUUCAAUGUUAUAUUAAGCAACCAAAGGCUAUUCAAGCACAGUCACCUGUCGCAAUGUACUGUAUAUGUUCACCAUUUUCCAACACCCACUGGUUUUGUCACAUUAUGUUUAUUCACAAAGUGCCACUUUUGUUCAACCUCACUUCUGUGUUAACAUUACAGUUUUACUUUUAUUUGAUUUGGUUGGCUAUUGCCCAAGUUGCACAAGUUCUUUUUUGUAGACACACGAUUUCAGGCUCUUAAUAUAUUGUUUGGACAUCAGUCUUAGAAAGAGGGAAUGGCAGGGGUAGAAAGCAACAGAUACUUUUGUAAUAAUUAUAAUUGAUGAACAUGGUCAACUGAAGAUUUAUAUAAAUAAGUGACAUUUGCCUUCAGAUGCUCGGGAGUGUAGAAAUUGGGGAAGUAUUUCUCCAAAAGUACUGAAAUGUAUAUUGUGAGUUAGUAUUAAGUUUAAUCUGUAAAAUAAUUACGUUUUUUUUUUUACCAGUGUUUGAAUGUUAACAUCAUAUUGUCUUAUUUACCAUGUCAACUUUUACUUAUUGUUUCUGCUCAUGAAUUUCAGGCAGGUUUGCACUUGUCCUUGUGGACGCUAUGUAAAAAAUGAAUACAUGUUGAUGGCAUGCAUUGCAAAAUGUAACCAAGAAAAAUACAGGUGCAUUUUGUAUCAAA